AUGAACAGCAUGCCUGGAGAAAUGCUGACCUUUUCCAUAAACCCGAGUGCCUCGGACACUAGAAGCCACCUUGCCCACCUUCCCGUGCCCACUGGGAAUGGAUGGACUUCAUGGAGUAGGGAGGAGGAGAGCAGAAAACUGAUGCCUGCACUGGACAGCAGGAAGGUACAAAGGGCAGGCAGUGGGCAUGGUGUGCUGCUGGGGGUGGGGGGGUUCCUACCUAAAUACAUCCCAAGCCCUACCCAACAUAUCCAGCUGAAACCCAGGGUCCUGCUUCAAACACAGCAUCUCCUCUCCUGCUCCCUGGGCCCCUGA